AUGCUGUUAAUACACAAAGAAAACUCAAAUGAGUCUAUAGACUCUUCACAAUCUUCUGAUUUACAAGGAGAUGAUGCAAAUGGUAUCAAAGAAUAUAGAGCACAAUCAGAUCAACGCCCCUUCACGAAUGACGCAUCGCCAACCGCUAGCAAAACAAGUACAAGAACUAGGUUGUCUUUUAGACAGCAGGCACGAACGCUUAGUCGAGUGAUUACAGGUGAACAACGACUUGAGGAUCUUCAAGUUGAUACAGAACUACCGCCUAUGGGAUCUGGUAUUGAUAUGCCUCCAAUUCCUGGAGAUGAGAAACUUUACUUGGUAUCAUUUGAUGGUCCUCAUGAUCCUAUUCAUCCUCACAAUUGGUCCUUAACGAAUAAAAUUUUUAUCACCAGUGUGGUCACUUUAUUUUCAUUUUGCAAUUCUCUUGGUUCUGCUCUUCUAGCUGAAUCUAAUGAUUCACUUAGAGAAGAGUUUCAUGUAGGUUCUGUCGUUGCAACUUUAGCAACAUCUCUUUAUGUUUUAGGCUUUGCUUGUGGUCCGAUGAUAUGGGGCCCCCUUUCUGAGCUAUACGGGAGAAAAGCAGUACUAAUUCCUUCUACCUUUGGUCUAGCAUGUUUUUCAUUUGCAGUCGCCACGGCGAAAGAUUUACAGACUAUCAUGAUUUGCCGAUUUUUUAGUGGAUUUUCUGGAGGAGCAGCUAUGGUUAUAUCUGCAUCUACUAUUGCUGAUCUCUUCAAUCAAAAGUUCAGAGGUAGAGCAAUGGCUCCCUUUGGUAUAUCGGUUUGUGGUGGUCCUUGUAUGGCACCUAUAAUCAGUGCAUUUACGGAGAAGAAUCUGUCUCUCGGUUGGAGAUGGAAUGCUUAUUGGAGUGGGAUAUCCGGUUCUUUUGUCUUUGCUUUAAUGUUAUUUUUUUUCAAAGAAACGUACCAGCCAAUCAUCCUCGUUAGAAAAGCAGAAGUCAUAAGAAGGAUAACAAAAAAUUGGACCGUACAUGCACCGCAUGAAACGUUGUCCUUGACAUUCUCUGAAAUUGCUGUAAAGUAUAUUGCUCGACCAUUUUACAUGCUUUUUACAGAGCCUAUACUAUUUUUAUUUGCAUUAUAUGGAGCUUUCAUUUAUGGAAUAAUAUAUCUAUUAUUGACAGCAAUACCAUUAAUCUUUUUGGGGAACUAUCAUUUUGCAAUAGGUGUUAGUGAGCUACCAUACAUUUCUGUCUUGAUAGGGUGUAUUUGUGGGGGAUUGACGCUCAUCCUUUUCGAUCUAAGAUACAGAACCAUCCUACAAAAAACCGGCUCCAAUAAACCAAUGCCAAAAGAGAGGCUUCCAGCGAUGAUGGUUGGCUCUUUUUCUCUUUCCGGAGGAUUGUUUUGGCUAUGUUGGUCUGGUGACUAUGCGGAUAAAGUGCAUUGGAUCGUCCCGACUAUAGGUGGAGCAUUUGUAGGUUUUGGAUUUUUGUCAAUUUUUCAACCCUGCAUCAACUAUAUCGUGGAUUCCUAUCUUACCUAUUCAGCUUCAGCUUUAGCUGCGAUGACAGUCCUAAGAUCAAUUUUUGGUGGUGUUUUCCCGUUAUUUGCACAUGCAAUGUUCACCAAGAUGCAUAUUAAAUGGGCCGGAACAUUGUUAGGAUGUAUCUCAAUACUUUUAGUGCCAGUUCCAUUUUUAUUCUACAAGUACGAUGAUAAGAUGAGAGCAAGAUCAAGAUUAGCCACAUUGAUGUAA